UCAGCUCUUCUCUGCAGCAGAACCUUACCUGUUCCUCGGUCCUGCGCUGCGCAGUCUUCCCGUGCCUGCUUCUUUAGUGUCAGCAGUCUCUUAGUCAUCCCCUGUACUGUCUGCGGUCUCUGGUCAUCCCCUGUACUGUCUGUGGUCUCUGGUCAUCCCCUGUACUGUCUGCAGUCUCUGGUCAUCUCCUGUACUGUCUGCAGUCUCUGGUCAUCCCCUGUACUGUCUGCAGUCUCUGGUCAUCUCCUGUACUGUCUGCAGUCUCUGGUCAUCUCCUGUACUGUCUGCAGUCUCUGGUCAUUCACUGCACUGUCCGCAGUCUCUGGUCAUCCCCUGCACUGUACGCAGUCUCUGGUCAUUUCCAGCACCAUGUCCGCAGUCUCUGGUCAUCCCCUGCACGGUCUGCAGUCUCUUGGUCAUCCCCUGUACUGUCUGCAGUCUCUGAUCAUCCCCUGUACUGUCCGCAGUCUCUGGUCAUCUCCUGUACUAUGUCUGCAGUCUCUGGUCAUCUCUUGUACUGUGUCCACAGUCUCUGGUCAUCUCCUG